UCAUUCAGAUACCCAGAAAUAUGUAAAAUAAGGGAAAAAAGAAACAAAGAAUACUGCAAAUAAAUACUGUAGAGAUUGGAGAACCAAGCUAGGGUCAAAAAAGCUAGGGUCCAACAGUCCAAGCCAGCUUGUGUUGGACUGGCACUCUCUGGCUCUCUGCCUCGGCCUUAGCUCUUAUCUGCACUGAAAGUGAAAAGGCAUCCUUUAAGCAGCUCUCUCGAGUCUCAGAAUCUCUUUCCCUUUCUCUAGCCAGAAAAGAAAGGGCAGCAGCAUUUGUUUCUUUCUUUUACUGUUGCAAAUAGUGUACAUUGUCAAAAAUUUGAAUCUCAACAUGUGAAUCCAUACCUUUUCCUCAGAUUUUCUAGGAAUUGAUUCUUUCUCCCAUUUUCCUGCUCUUUUUAUGCCCUUUAUGACCUGCAUUACCAUCAGCAUCAAAUCUGCAGUCACAGAUAUAAUCGAGUUUCCUACGCAACCCUUCACCGUGAUUUUAGCCCCCACCACCUACAUAUUUUUUGCAUCUGCAAUUCCAGUUAUUUCAUUCGGAGAACAGCUGGAAAGGGACACAGAUGGGGUUCUCACAGCAGUUCAAACUCUAGCCUCCACUGCAUUAUGUGGAAUUAUACACUCUAUCAUAGGAGGUCAGCCUUUGCUGAUUCUUGGAGUUGCAGAGCCAACUGUAAUCAUGUACACUUUUAUGUUCAAUUUUGCUAAAAGUAGACCAGAUUUGGGAUCAAAGCUCUUCCUGGCAUGGAGUGGAUGGAUAUGUGUGUGGACUGCAAUCUUGCUAUUCCUUUUGGCUAUCUUUGGGGCUUGCUCCAUCAUCAAUAGGUUUACUCGUCUAGCUGGAGAGUUGUUUGGCCUUCUAAUUGCAAUGCUUUUCAUGCAGCAAGCUAUCAAAGGACUUGUUAAUGAGUUUUGGAUACCUGAAAGAGAAAAUCCUAAGUCAAUUGAGUUUCAACCCUCCUGGAGGUUUGCAAAUGGGAUGUUUGCUUUGAUUUUAUCAUUUGGCCUUUUGCUUACUGCAUUAAGGAGCCGAAAAGCAAGAGCAUGGAGGUAUGGAUCUGGGUUGCUGCGAGGCUUUAUAGCAGAUUAUGGUGUGCCAUUGAUGGUUCUGGUCUGGACUGCAGUUUCUUAUAUACCAGCAGGAAGUAUUCCCAAAGGAAUUCCAAGGCGCCUCUUUAGUCCAAAUCCGUGGUCACCUGGUGCUUAUGAAAAUUGGACUGUCAUUAAGGACAUGUUAAAUGUUCCGGUUCUGUAUAUCAUUGGAGCUUUCAUUCCAGCAACAACGUUAGCAGUUCUGUAUUAUUUUGAUCACAGUGUAGCAUCUCAGCUUGCUCAGCAAAAGGAAUUCAAUUUGCGAAAACCACCUUCCUUCCAUUAUGAUUUACUGCUUUUGGGGUUUUUGACAAUAUUAUGCGGUCUUAUUGGCAUCCCUCCAUCAAACGGUGUCAUUCCACAAUCUCCUAUGCAUACUAAAAGCUUAGCUACACUGAAGCACCAGUUGCUUCGGAAUAAACUUGUGGCAACAGCACACAAAUGUAUGCGCAAUAAUACUAGCCUGGGAGAAGUUUAUGGAAGCAUGCAAGAAGCCUAUCGGCAUAUGCAGACCCCACUGAUUUACCAGGAACCUUCUGCUCAGGGUCUGAAGGAAUUGAAAGAGUCUACUAUUCAAAUGGCUUUGAGCAUGGGUGAUGCUCCAGUUGAUGAAACUGUAUUUGAUGUUGAGAAGGAAAUUGAUGAUUUGUUGCCAGUUGAGGUAAAAGAACAGAGGCUAAGUAACUUGCUUCAAGCUAUAAUAGUAGGAGGAUGUGUUGCAGCCAUGCCUUUCAUUAAAAUGAUCCCAACCUCAGUGCUCUGGGGUUAUUUUGCUUUCAUGGCCAUUGAAAGCUUGCCGGGUAACCAGUUUUGGGAGCGGAUAUUGUUGCUCUUCACAGCACCAAGCAGAAGAUACAAAGUCUUAGGGGACUACCAUUCGACCUUCAUGGAGACUGUGCCUUUCAAGACAAUUGCAGUUUUUACACUUUUCCAGACUGUCUACUUGCUAGUCUGUUUUGGAAUUACAUGGAUUCCAAUUGCUGGGGUUCUUUUCCCAUUGAUGAUUAUGCUAUUGGUUCCUGUGAGACAAUACAUUUUGCCCAAGUUUUUCAAGGGAGAACACCUCCGAGAUCUGGAUGCUGCAGCAUAUGAAGAGGCGGCACCAGCUUUACCAUUCAACCUGGCAGCUCAGGAGACAGAGCUAGUUACCGGCACUGUUUCAUUUGCAGAUGGUGGAGAGAUUUUAGAUGGAAUGAUUACCCGCAGCAGGGGUGAAAUGCGGCGAAUGUGCAAUCUUAAAAAUGCAAGCGGCACUGCCACACCAUCCCUUCAGAGUCCCCGCUUGUUGGACAAGGAGGAGAGCAGCCCCCAAUAAGUGGGUUGCGAGAGGAGCAAAGUCCUCAAAAUAAGGCCAGACGACCAGUCAGUCCAAGAACUGGAGAAGCAAGACCAUCAAAUUUAGGAAGAACUGGAUAGACAUUAAUCUUGUAUAAUUCAUGAACUUCACCAAGACUUGUAAAAUUGCCGAGAAGAGAAGGCAUUGGUUGUUGUAGUUCAGUGAAUUUAGUUUAGUUCUUUGUCCCCAAGUUCUUGAUAGUGGUCUGUGGAUGAUAUAAAUCAAUAAACCGUCCAUUUUACGCAAGAAGAUCUGUUAACAGCAAUUAAUUUGUAACUUUCUUUUCAGGGAUUGUAGACCUGUGGAUUGCAUUUCACUUUAUAAGAUUGUAGCUCACUCUGUGGAUCAUAGGGACGUUCAGUUAGAUGGAAACUU